AUGAAAAAUUUCUCUGACUUUUUAUCUGAAAAUUUACAAUAAGAUAACAUAUUGAAACCAAAACCUGAUUAUUCAAAGUAUCAUUUUUGGGGAUUCUACUUUUCUGCAAGUAGAUGUACUCCUUGUAGAUAAAUUACAGGAAUGUUAAAAAAUUUCUAUGAAGAAAUAAAAAAGAUAUAGAAUUUUGAAAUUAUUUUAGUUAAUCAUGAUGAACAUGAAGGAGAUUUUAUUAAAUAUUAUUAGAAAAUGCCAUGGCUAGCAAUUUCAUGGUCUGAAAAUAUUGCCAUAAAUUAAUUAACUAGAAUAGGCAAACCCUAAACAAAUACCACAUUUAUGCAUUUUAGAUUAAGAUGGGAAUUAUAUUACAUGUGA